AUGCCUACUAAACGCAAGAACUCACUGGCCGACGAUAAUACCAGGCCAGUCAGCAAAAGGACGAAGCCGGGCUCAAGGGCUCACACUAAACAGCUAAUAGACCUUAUAACUAAAACUGAUAUGGCUUACACAACCGCGGACGAAGACAAGUAUACCCAGAGCCCAGGCGAAGAACCCCCGACUAACUUUGGCAAAGUCCUGACCGCGGCUGAGAUGGCAGAAGCACCACUUUACAUCCAAAACGAGAUCGACCAAAACGGCGAAUAG